AUGGAAAACAAGCUUGAAGCAAAAGACAAAAGCAUUCAGAAAAGAAUACCACGUUCGGUACCAAAAGGAAAGGAAAAGAACUAUAAGUAUAUGAUUUAUACUGAAGAGAUGGAAAAUGAAGAAGAUAAAGAUAUGGUUAUGUUGCAUUUAGUCAGAAGAAACAACAAAAGCUUUUACGACCUUGCUAAGAUUUACAAAUCUGACAGAAAUUGGUUCUAUCGCGAAAACUUACCGAUUUCAAUGACACCGAAUGAAGAUGUGAAACAAAUAGUUCAAGAUACGUUACCUCAAACACACUAUGAUAUGAAAGGUUGUACAAUACUUACAUUCAAAGAAGACUUACCGCUACUGAAAGAAAAAAUAACAGAGUAUUUUGACAACUUCAAACAAGUAGAGUAA